GUUUACAUUUCGCGAACUAUCGUAAUCAGGGAAAACCUGUUUGAUAGCAACUUAAUUUACGUCAUGAUAAAUUGUUGUGCUGCCGCAGUCUUGAGAACAAUACGGUAUCUUAGGUGUAGAAAUAUCACGUCAAUAUAUUGUUCGCUCCAUGGUGCAACCGUGCAACUUUCACAACAAAGAAACUUUAACUGUACCCGAUGUAAGCACGGGGACACGGCAUUAUUUAUUAUGAUUUAAACCAUGGUGAAUAUGAGUGGAAGAAUCCAACAUCUGAAGAAGAAGUGGUGCAUGUCACGUUCAUAGACAAAGAUGGCAAGGAAACCAAAGUGAGGGGCAAAGUCGGUGACAAUAUCUUGUACCUUGCUCAUAGAUACGGCGUUGAAAUGGAAGGGGCGUGCGAGGCGUCGCUGGCGUGCACGACGUGCCACGUGUACGUGCAGGAGGGCUUCCUGGGGCGACUGCCCGCCGCCGAGGAGAAGGAAGAGGACCUGCUGGACCUGGCGCCGUUCCUCAAGGAGAACUCCCGGCUAGGUUGCCAAAUCAUUUUGCGAAAAGAACUGGACGGCAUAGUCGUGAGACUUCCACAAGCGACGCGCAACUUCUACGUGGACGGACACAAACCGGCACCUCACUGACAAGGGCUUGCUGUCGGCGCGCGACUGUGAUACAGUGUAACAUUCUCAAUUAAGUGGUGUAAAUAUAUGCUUUGUAUUUGG